UUUCCAUAACCGCUACAUAUACUCUCCCCCACUUGGGAUUUUGCUGCAGCACUUGAAAUCCAUUUAGUUCUUUCUUGUCCUCUCACUGAUCUCACUUUUUAUUCUUCUUGUGGCGAAGAAGAUGGGAAGAUCUCCCUGCUGUGAAAAAACUCAUACAAAUAAAGGAGCAUGGACCAAAGAAGAAGAUGACAAGCUUAUUGCCUACAUUCAAGCCCAUGGUGAAGGCUGCUGGAGGUCCCUCCCCAAGGCAGCAGGGCUUCUGAGAUGUGGGAAGAGCUGCAGGCUAAGGUGGAUAAACUAUUUGAGGCCUGAUCUCAAGCGGGGGAACUUCUCUGAAGAAGAAGAUGAACUCAUCAUCAAGCUCCAACUCCUCCUGGGAAACAAAUGGUCUCUGAUUGCAGGGAGAUUGCCUGGGCGGACAGACAAUGAAAUAAAGAAUUACUGGAACACCCACAUCAAGAGAAAAUUGCUGAGCCGGGGAAUCGACCCACAGUCACGCCGUCCUAUUCAGCCCUUCCAUAACGAUGGCAGCAGCAGUAGCAGAGACAGCAGGUCUCCCAAUCAAGAAAUUUUAAUGGCGGAUUUCUUUCAGACUGAGCUUUCAACUGUGACAAGCACUUUGGAUCGUGCUGCUUCAGAUGGUACCAGUGGAAGCGAAGAGAAGCCUGAUGUGAAUCUGGAUUUGUCUAUCAGUUUGCCUUCUUUUUCCCCUCCUUGUAAUAUUAGAGAAGCUGUGGAUUCCAAGGAGAUGUCUAGCAGUAAAUCAUGGAAUAUGGAUUUCCAAAUGGAUUCCAAGGAGAUGAAUAGCAGCAAAUCAUGGAAUAUCGAUUUCCAAAUGAAUUACAGCAGAUAUGAUGAAGAAAGUGCCAGUAGGCUAGGAUUAGGGUUAUGAUAAGUGAUCAGUAUCUUGAAUCUUCAUGUUUUUGCUAUUAUCACCAUUAAUACAUCCCUUGUUUCUAUGGA